UUUCGUACCUCAUCCCUAUAGUAAUUGCAUAAACCCCUUCUCUUAGGAUCUUAACUUCCGACGUCGUAUUAAGGAACCCAAACAAACUCCGUCCAUUUCCCGCCGUCGAACCAACCUCCAUCUCCGGCGGCGCGUUUAGGAGCUGCAAGCUCAAUUGGGUAGUCUCUACUUGAGUUAUACUGCUCUGUGGUGACAUCCAUGAACAAUUCUUCUGCUUCCAUGGAUAUUUUAGUACGAGGGCCGGAAGGGUUCUGUGUAUGGAAUGGGCCGCCGUUUGGCAAUGGCGAACCGAGUAUUAAGCUUGACACAGUUCCUUGUAACAAUGCAAAAUUCUGUGAAGACGGGUCCAAACUUUUGGUGAUGAAAUCUGAUUGUGUCAUUAGUAUAUACGAUUGUAGCAGCUUUCAGGAGAUAAGAUCUUUCCAGGUCCCCAAUGUUCUUGCUGCUGCAUUAUCUCCUUGUGGGACUUAUCUGCAAACUUUUCAUAAAGCAUCAGCACCACAGGAUAAGAAUGUGACCUUAUGGAAGACACAGACCGGCGAUGCUGUUUAUCAUCAAUUCCAAAAGAAUAUGACGAAAGCCACUUGGCCAUCAAUCCGAUUUAGUUCUGAUGAAGCUGUUUCUUGCCGGAUGGCGACUAAUGAAAUACAGUUUUUUGACCCUGAAGAUUUCUCUAAAGGAAUUGUACAUCGCCUAAGGAUUCCUGGGGUGGCUGCCAUUGAGCUUUCACUGGUCCCAGGGUCUCAUGUGGCAGCAUUUGUUCCAGAGUCAAAGGGAAGUCCAGCCAGCGUGCAGAUAUUUCCCUGUGGAAAAGAUAUGCAAAAUGUGCCUGUUGCACGUCGAAGCUUCUUUCGAUGUUCUACUGUGCAACUGAAUUGGAAUCGUGGCUCUACUGGGCUUCUGGUUGUGGUUCAGUCAGAUGUCGAUAAGACUAAUCAGAGUUACUAUGGAGAGUCCAAGCUGAACUACCUUACAACCGAUGGGACCCAUGAAGGGCUUGUUCCUCUCCGGAAAGAGGGGCCCGUUCAUGAUGUUCAGUGGUCAUAUUCUGGUUCACAGUUUGCUGUUGUUUAUGGAUUCAUGCCUGCUUGUGCGACAUUGUUUGACAAGAAGUGCAAUCCUCUACUGGAGCUUGGAAGUGGACCUUAUAAUACUAUCAGAUGGAACCCAAAAGGGAGAUUUUUGUGCUUGGCUGGCUUUGGUAACUUACCUGGUGAUAUGGCGUUUUGGGACUAUGUAAACAAAAAGCAACUUGGAACAACUAGGGCUGAAUGUUCCGUCUCCAGCGAAUGGUCUCCUGAUGGAUGUUAUUUUAUGACUGCCACAACAGCACCAAGACUACAAGUUGACAAUGGGAUUAAACUUUUCCAUUAUAAUGGAUCAUUGUUCUUCAAAAAGAUGUUCAACAAGCUAUACCAGGCUGAGUGGAAACCAGAGUCACCGGAUAAAUUUGGAGACAUUGCAGAACUUACUCAAUCUGUUGAUUCAUUAAAGAUUGAAGGAAACAAGCCUCAAGGACAAGGAGCAACCUCCAGGAAAACUGUUCCAGCCAACCCUCCUGCUCAAAAACCAGCUGCAUAUCGCCCACCAAAUGCUAAAAAUGCAGCUGCUAUUCAGGCAGAGUUGUUUGGGGGGAGCAGUACAGAACAAUUGAGCAAGAAUGCGCUGAAAAACAAGAAGAAAAGGGAGAAACAAAAGGAGAAGAAGGCUGCUGGUGCAGAUGAAUGAUCUUGAUAGAACACUUUUCGAAUCGCUAGCUCUUUAAACUGCACAGUAGGCGAUCUGACAUUUAUUUCGAAAAAAUCGACAUGGAGUGUAUUCGAUUGGAGAGUUAUUUCAAUUAGUCAUUUCGGCCUUCUAGUGACAAAACUCAAGGUGAUUAAGGGGAAACCUUAAUCUGCCACAUAUUUAGGGUAUCUUUGUAUGGUCACAUUCUCCCACUUGAUAAGAUGAGUUCAUGUGACCAGUUUUGCUGGCCCUGUUUAUAGGGAGUUUUUACAUUUGAUGAUGGUGAUACUGAUAUAGCAGUUCACGGUAACUCGGAUUUUUUUUUCUAUUUUUGAGAAUUUUGAUAUGGGAGGUGAAUGCUGUAACAUUUUCUAUGUACUUGAAUAAGAAUUUUGUAAAAAUUUCAAAUUUGAUAGUGUGUAUUGCCUACACA